UCUUCGAGAUUGGGAUCAGUUUUCACGAAUAAGACUUGUGUUGCAUCCCUAAUUUUUCAAAGUUCAUUGAACUAUAUCUGGGAAAGACGUAGUAUCACGAUUAUCGGUGCAGCAGGCAUGCUGUAAUAUAGUAAACACUCGUUACAGUGAAACAUGUGGAACUUGCUAAAUCUUCCUUAAACGAAUUAUUAAAAAACGUGGCUAUUUGUCAGGGACCAAAUAAUUAAAUACUUGGAAGCGAUGAUUCUAUACUGAUAUCCAUAAUUUUGGGAAACCAGCUAAGCUGGCUCCCCUGCCUGAGUUGCUCUCUUCCCUCCUUUCCUUCUAUUUGUGUUUGUACGAGACUUAGCUGGGGGAGGAUUGUGAAAUGCGCAUUCACCUGUGUUCCCCCUCUAUGCUUUUAUGGGACAGUCAGCAAGUUCAACAACCUGCUGCUAGCCCAUAUUCCAUUCCCCUUAAAAGCUGCGCAACAUUGUACAACAGAGAGCAUUCGCAUUCAAGAGACUGUACAGAUAACUCGAGUCACUGUGUGUAGCAAUAAACUGCUUGUCCUGGUUGCUUUAGUUUAUAUUGAUUCAUUCUAAAAAAUCCUAACUCACAAAGAAAAAUACCUAUGUAAAUUAGCAAAGGCAAGAGUUGUUACCUGAGCCACAAGGCUGGUAGUAAACUUGCUGAAAGACAUUGUGGUUUGCAUUUACUUAGAGCUAACUGUGACUUGAAGGAAUCUCAUUGCUAAUAUCUUUUGAGAUUUUAGGAUAUCAAUACAUUGAGGCCCAACUGUACUGAUUAUUUGCAUUGCUCCUCUAAAAACAGGAAGAUUUUUCAUUUGUGUUCUGACUGAACUUUUGAACCAAUCCUCCCACUUCUUCCAAUGAUGCUCCCCUGCAAAGUUCCCUGCAUAGAAAGGAAAUUUUUACCCAAGCUUGAAUAAAAUACGCAGUAUGUAUUUUUUAUCUGUGUUGGCCGCGAAAAAGACGAAGUGAAUGAAGAAGUGACUCCCGAGUUAUAUUGAAAAAAAUUCCCAGGAAUUCACUUGGGAUUGUUUUUCCUACCUCCCAAGUUGGACACCACAUUCUGUGAGAAUAUCACCCGUCCAUGAGAAUGAUGCGACCAGGGGAAACAGUUUUUAUGUCGUAUAACGGGCAGUCGUUACAUUACUGCCAGAAUGUAUGCCAUUGACCUCAAGUCGGGCCUGAAGGCCCUCGAUUCAUGCCACAAGAGUCGAGACAAGGGCAAGGAGUGCUUUUGUGGAAGCUUUUCCACUUUUCUUAUUCGAAAAAAUUAUUCGGUGUUCAUUUAUUUUCCGGGAACUUCAAACUAAAAAAAUUUGCUUGCGUCGUCGGGUGAUACUGCAAUUUUUAAAACUAGAAUAGCUGUUCUGAGAAACUCGUGCCUUGGCGGCAGUGAUCAGCAAAAUCUUGCGUCUGAGUAAAGGUAGAAAAUAUUUUUCAUGGGGACUCUUUUUAGAGCAGUUUCAAAAUGUUGAUUGCUGAGAAAACGCCCGUGGGCAGAAAAGUGAAGUUUUUGAAAUGGGCUAGCUUGUUUGCAUUGAUGUGUCAAAGUGUGGUCGCUACCGCGAUGCUCCGAUAUUCUCGUGAAAGGCAACCAGAUCCCAAGAAGCAAUACCUGACAUCUUCCAGCGUAGCGAUGGCAGAAUUAUACAAGCUGUUGAUGAGUUCAGUUUUCCUGCUGAUCGACUUGGACUUCAGCUGGUCGGAAUACAAAACGGCGUUUCGGCAAUCAUUCGUUUUGGAUUGGACUGAUACCUUGAAGAGCAUGUUGCCUGCGUUUCUUUACUUGAUCCAAAAUAACUUGCUUUGGGCUGCUUCGAAUUACCUGGACCCCGCCGUGUACCUAGCCACAUAUCAAACAAAAAUUCUCACCACUGCUCUUUUCAUGGUGGUCCUCUUGGGAAGGACGAUUUCGAGGAUCCAGUGGUUUUCGUUACUGUUGCUGAUAUUAGGUGUUACGUUGCUUCAGGUCGGCUUGCAUGACCAUAAAGGGAGAAUUCUCAGUACAGAUUCUCUGAGCGAACCGCUUUUCGGCCUUCUGCUACUGGUCACGGCUUGCUUCCUGUCGGGCUUUGCGGGCGUGUAUUUCGAGCUAAUCCUGAAAAGUUCUCCCGUUUCCCUAUGGAUGCGGAAUGUGCAAAUGAGCUCUGCUUCUUUGGCCUUUGGGAUCAUGACGUGUUACUUCUACGACGCCGAAGUCGUUUGGCGAAAGGGCUUAUUCCAUGGGUUUGACUGGUUCGUGUGGUUGACCAUCGUGGCCUGGGCUUCUGGUGGUCUUUUGGUCGCCUGUGCGAUCAAAUACGCAGACAACAUCAUGAAGGGCUUCGCUACGGCGUUCGCCAUUGUAAUCAGUGCAUUUACUGACUCAGUGUUCUUUGGGUCUCGGUUGACCAGUGUGUCGCAAUCUGGUGCAGCGUUGGUCGUGAUUUCCGUUUUGUUCUAUCAUGGUGUUUGCUGGGGAAUCUUUCCCAGAAUGCGCAUCAGUUUCCCAAAGGCAAAUACAGUCUCCUGCAUAGAACCAGAAACGACUAAAGUGAAAACAGAAAUAAUUUCCCAAUCGCAGAAAGAUUCGAAAUCCACAGCAUUGAUUGAUGGCUGAAUCAUGAACAUGCUUCGCGGUUCGGUUCAUCCUAUUUUGGCGAUGAGUGAUUUGCUGUUUUUGAGUAUAAUGCGUGUAUUUUUGGAUUGAAUAUUUUUAUUUGGGAUGUGUCGAUGUUUUUUCUUGCUUGCUUGAAUAUGAACGUUGUUUUUGAAUCGAGAGCCAUUGUGAAGGAAGCGUUCAUUUUUCAUUUAAUAUAUAGUAUGACACGGU